AUGAGAGAGCCUCCUUUUCACCUGACCAGAAGAGGCUGGGGUGAGUUUCCUGUCAGAGUUCAAGUUCACUUUAAGGACAGCCAGAACAAGCGGAUAGAUAUCAUACAUAAUCUGAAGCUGGAUAGAACUUACACUGGCUUGCAGACUCUUGGAGCAGAGACGGUAGUGGAUGUUGAGCUCCACCGGCAUUCUCUUGGAGAAGACUCCAUUUACCCUCAGUCCUCCGAGUCAGACAUUUCUGAUGCCCCACCGUCUUUGCCUUUGACCAUUCCAGCCCCAGUGAAAGCUUCCUCACCAAUAAAGCAGUCACAUGAGGCAGUACCUGAUACCUCCGUGGAGAAAGGAUUACCAGCCAAUACUGAAACUGAGAGGCAUACUACAUUUUAUUCUUUGCCAUCUUCAUUGGAACGAACACCUACCAAAAUGACAACAUCCCAGAAAGUUAUGUUUUGUUCUCAUGGCAAUUCAGCUUUUCAGCCAAUAGCAUCAAGCUGCAAAAUUGUGCCACAGAGCCAGGUUCCUAAUCCCGAGUCACCUGGGAAAUCCUUCCAACCCAUCACCAUGAGCUGCAAGAUCGUCUCAGGUUCCCCCAUAUCAACGCCAAGUCCAUCACCAUUGCCUCGAACCCCAACUUCCACUCCAGUCCAUGUGAAGCAAGGCACUGCCAGCUCUGUUAUUAGUAACCCUUAUGUUAUCAUGGACAAGCCAGGGCAGGUUAUUGGAGCCACCACUCCCACUACAGGAAGUCCUACGAACAAGCUCUCUACUGCCUCUCAAGCCUCCCAAGGAACAGGUUCCCCUAUUCCUAAAAUUCAUGGAAGUAGUUUUGUAACAUCUACUGUCAAGCAGGAGGAUUCUUUGUUUGCAUCUAUGCCGCCUCUUUGCCCAAUUGGGAGUCACCCUAAGGUUCAAAGCCCCAAACCUAUAACUGGAGGACUUGGAGCUUUCACAAAAGUAAUCAUCAAACAGGAACCUGGCGACGCCUCUCACGUGCCCACAACUGGAGCUGCCAGCCAGUCACCACUCCCCCAGUAUGUGACUGUGAAAGGGGGUCACAUGAUAGCUGUGUCCCCUCAAAAACAGGUCAUAGCUGCUGGAGAUGGGACUGCCCAAUCACCAAAGAUUCAGCCCUCCAAGGUUGUUGGGGUGCCAGUUGGGUCUACUUUACCUUCAACAGUGAAACAGGCUGUGGCAAUCAGUGGUGGCCAAAUCCUCGUAGCCAAGGCCAGCUCUACCGUUGCCAAAGCAGUUGGUCCAAAGCAAGUUGUGACCCAAGGAGUUGCCAAAGCAAUUGUGAGUGGAGGUGGAGGAACCAUUGUCGCUCAGCCAGUGCAAACCUUAACCAAGGCCCAGGUCACUGCUGCUGGCCCUCAGAAGAGUGGAUCCCAGGGUUCAGUAAUGGCAACGUUGCAGCUACCAGCCACUAACUUGGCCAACUUGGCAAAUUUGCCACCUGGCACUAAACUUUACCUUACAACAAACAGCAAGAACCCUUCAGGAAAAGGAAAACUGCUGCUCAUCCCUCAAGGAGCCAUCCUGCGAGCCACCAACAGUGCUAACCUACAGUCCAGUUCAGCUGCCAGUAGUGCUGGUGGUGCUGGAGGCAGCGGCAGUGGAGGUGGCAGCAGUGGCAGUGGAGGAGGGGGAGGAACAGGAGGAGCCCAAAGCCCCGCUGGGCCUGGAGGGAUAUCCCAGCACCUGACCUACACAUCUUACAUCCUCAAGCAAACGCCUCAGGGCACAUUUUUAGUUGGCCAGCCAUCACCUCAGACAUCUGGAAAACAGCUGACUACUGGGUCAGUGGUCCAAGGUACACUGGGAGUCAGCACAUCUUCCGCUCAAGGACAACAAACAUUGAAAGUCAUCUCUGGACAAAAAACCACUUUGUUUACCCAGGCAGCCCCUGGGGGACAGGCCUCUCUAAUGAAAAUAUCUGAUGGUACAUUGAAGUCUGUGCCAGCCACCUCACAACUCUCAAAGCCUGGAACCACCAUGCUGAGAGUAGCAGGAGGGGUUAUCACAACUGCCACUUCGCCAGCUGUGGCCCUCUCAGCAAAUGGUCCUGCACAACAGUCAGAAGGAACAGCUCCCAGUUCAUCAUCCACUGUAGGUUCCAUAAUGAAAACUGCUGGGCAGCAGCAGGUGUGUGUGAGCCAGGCCACCAUGGGAACCUGCAAGGCUGCUGCUCCCUCUGUCAUCAGUGCCGCGUCCCUGGUGUCCACACCUAACCCCAUCUCCGGGAAGGCUACAGUGUCAGGAUUGCUAAAGAUUCACUCCAGUCAGUCCAAUCCCCAGCAGGCGGUCCUGACCAUCCCCAGCCAGCUCAAACCACUCAGUGUAAAUACAUCUGGAGGUGUGCAGACUAUACUGAUGCCCGUGAAUAAAGUGGUUCAGUCGUUUUCUGCCAACAAAUCACCUACCAUCCUGCCAGUAGCCGCCCCCACUGCAGUUGUCCCCAGCUCUGCUCCAGCAGCUGUUACAAAAGUGAAGACUGAACCAGAAACUCCUGGGCCAAGCUGCCUCACUCAGGAGGGUCAGACAGCAGUGAAAACAGAAGAGAGUUCUGAGCUGGGGAACUAUGCUAUUAAGAUAGACCAUUUAGAGACUAUCCAGCAACUCUUAACGGCAGUAGUAAAGAAGAUCCCAUUAAUCACUGCAAAAAGUGAAGAUGCCAGCUGUUUUUCUGCCAAGUCUGUGCAGCAGUAUUAUGGCUGGAACAUCGGAAAGAGGAGAGCCGCUGAGUGGCAAAGAGCAAUGACAAUGCGAAAGGUCUUACAAGAAAUACUGGAGAAGAACUCAAGAUUUCACCACCUGACGCCCCUGAAAACCAAGCACAUUGCCCACUGGUGUCGCUGCCACGGCUACACCCCACCCGAUCCCGAGAGCCUGAGGAGCGACGGGGACUCCAUUGAGGACGUGCUGACGCAGAUCGACAGCGAGCCAGAGUGCCCGUCGUCAUUCUCCUCUGCCGACAACCUGUGCCGGAAGCUGGAGGACCUCCAGCAGUUUCAGAAGAGAGAGCCGGAGAACGAGGAGGAGGUGGAUGUCCUCAGCCUCUCAGAGCCGUUGCAGAUAAACGUCAAAAAAGAACAGGAGGAGAAGCAGGAAGAAGUGAAAUUCUACCUGCCACCAACACCAGGGGCUGAGUUUGUUGGCGACAUCACACAGAAGAUUGGGAUCACCCUGCAGCCCGUGGCGCUUCACAGGAACGUGUAUGCGUCGGUGGUGGAGGACAUGAUUCUAAAGGCUACAGAGCAGCUGGUGAGUGACAUCCUGAGGCAGGCGCUGGCGGUCGGAUACCAGGCAGCAUCCCACCACAGGAUUCCCAAAGAAAUUACCGUGACUAACAUUCACCAGGCCAUUUGCAACAUUCCUUUUCUGGACUUCCUCACAAACAAACACAUGGGGAUACUGAAUGAAGAUCAGUGAGUGGAAUGAAGACACCCCUGAACAAGCAGGAUCUGUAGCUGCAGCCGAAGCUCUGCACUGUGAUGACUCUUCUGUCGGGGGAAGGAGGUGUCCGUGCCUCAGAAGAUCAUGGUUAACGCACCGUUCCCUCCACCUCAUUCAGUGAAUCACCAGAGUGUGCAGUCCCAGGUCAGAUCCAAAAGGUCACAGGUUUCCUGGUUCUGGGGUGAAGCUGUGGGUGCAUGCUGUCAGCUUGCAUCUGUCCACUCUCUGUAAAGCUCACUAGAGGGUCCAGAGCUGGGCCAGGCCUGUGUAUCAGGUCCUUCUCCCCUUGGGGCAUCCUCAAGGGGGAACCUUGGGCCUGACUCUCCCUCUAGGAGGAGAACAUGAGUCUGGCAGGCUAGAGAUUUCACCCAUUCUGUGGGUGGGUUAUAGGCAGCCCAAUGGUUAACCUGGCAACACCUGAAGGACUAGGCUCAGCACUCAGCGAGUGGCCACAGUGUGGAGAAUUGGCACUCGGCCCACGUGCAUCGGUGACAGGAUGCGGUAAUGCUGUGUGUAAAACAAAGACCCGAAGGUUGCAGCCUGAGCAGAAGUCUUACUUUAUGGAGCACGGGAGCAUCACUACAGCCAGUCUGAGAGAGGAGGGAUGGCCAAGUCACAGGCAAGGAACAGAUACAUUCCAGCAUUGGUCUGGGAAGGUUCGAGUAUAACCAGGAGCUCUUAAUAUGUUCAUAAUAGACAAUGCCCACAAACGCCGGCUCCUGGCAGUCUCGCACAGCUUCGUGUGUGUGCCAGGCAGCAAGCUGGUGCCACAGAUGUCGGGUCACCCAGGCUGCACCAGGCUGCACGGCCAGCGGGAGCAGCUCCUGCGACAGCCCCGCCAGGACUGUCUGUCCUGUCGGUGGAUCCCAUGUCCCCUUCUCAGUCAGGUUUUUUUGCAAGAAGGAAAGCUUCAGAGAAACACUUGUGAGUGCCUUAAAGGUGGAGAAAUGACUGCAGAAGCCGAAAGACAGGGGAACCUGCUCAGCAAUGAGAAUAGAUGGCCCAUGAGCAGGUGGGAGGGAGAAGUGAGGAGGAAGGUGGCCCUGUACCUGGAUGACGUCCAGUUCCACUGAAGGUCCGCUACCCAGGCCUCCUAACUGUCUGUGGAAGUAAUGAGUUUAUUCCCAGUCAGGAAGCUGCCGAAGACUAUUUGAAACCUGUGAGUCAGAGUCAAAGGAACUUACCUCGGCAACAUAACUCGUGUUGUCGUGAGUCCUGCAGACAUUUGUCAGGAAAAGAAGGUGGGGAGGUGACACCAUGAGAAACCCACCCACUUUUAUUCAUCUGAGGAUUGCAAAUGCAGGGGGAGGUCUGUUCAGUAAGGCAAGGGUGCCCCUGGCUUAGUGGUAAAUCAGGUAGUAAAGGCUCAGCUAGUCACACACGGAUGGGGUGUGGGCAAGUGCGUGGGUUCAUUCAGCAGUGGAAUGCGACAGCCACAGGACAGAGUUUCAUCCCAGUGAGAACAGACGGACUACAGGGAUGAAAGCCUAAAGAAAUUACCUUUUUGAAAAAGAAAUAUUAAAUGAUUUAACAGCCCCCAUAUGUCUGUAUUUGUAUCAUAAUGUGUAAUAUAAUUGUGUAACAGAAAUACCUACAAUAAAUCUUUUAGUAUUUGUGA